UAGCGGACAACGGCGAGCUUAUCGCAGGUCUGACUGACGUGUCACUUUCUGUGCACAUGCACCUAAUCCGCCGAAGUACGUGGGAUAGUUGGGCCAGCCAUUGACUGCAGCAGUUGCCGUUAUCAGCUGCGUGUUCUUACGCUCUCCGUUUUUCAGUGUUAUUAAACAAGCUGUCACGUCUUGUGAAGUGUUGUUCUGCGGAUGGAUGGAUGGAUGAAUAGGUCACUGUGACGUCAUGACGCUUCCUUUGCUUCCACUCGACAUUCCAGUUCCCCCCGCAGUACUUUCUCGCCGUGGCGCUGUGUGUUUCUUAAGGAGGCCUGCGAAAAACAGAAGACAUAUGCAGUAUUGAGUCGUAUGGCCGUCUCGUUCCGAUUGCUCCACUGUGUGGCGCGCACUGUACUGGGGCUUUAUCGAUUAGAAAGCCGGGGAUGGUGCAGCGACCUCUUCUGGUCCAGAACUCAGUCUGCAGAAUGAUACCGUACACCACGUGUCUGUGCUACAGGAGGCAGUCGGCCAACCGGUGGGUCAUCGUCCACCCAACAGGACAGGACCACAACAUCAAGAGGCGAGGGGCAAUUUCUGUGGACAGAACCGACCAACAUGCUAUCUUCAUUCAGAUGGUUGGACCUAUUGUUUCCUCUAGCAGAUCACGGCAUCUCUCCGAUUCUGACUGGCUGUUAUUGGAGACACUGGAUACAAGAUGUCAGCGGCCACUACACACUGGCAGAUUUUUAACCAUGCAUAAACGGCGUCGAAAGAGGUUAACCACACGUUCACUAACACAGGAACCAGCCCUUCUGGAUGACAUUCACCAUGGCCAAGUCCAGUGUGUACUGGAUCGUGUGUGGCACUGGCCAUUCAACGCCUUCACUUUAGAUACAGUAACAGGAGGGCGGUCACUGCCGGUAUUGUGUGUUCAUUUAUUUCACUGGUAUGGACUGAUUGACCAUUUUAAUUUGGAUGUUGUUCGUGUAUGGAAAUUGUUCACCCUUGUAGAGGCAGGCUACCACAGUACAAACCCGUACCACAAUUCAAUCCAUGCUACAGAUGUGACGCAAGCAAUGCACUGCUUUCUGCAAGAAGAGAAGAUAAAGAUGCACUUAACUCCUCUUGAGAUAAUGUCAUCAUUAAUUGCUGCUGUAACACACGACCUAGACCACCCAGGUGUCAAUCAACCAUUCCUCAUAGCCACUUCAAACCAUUUAGCAGCAUUAUAUGAGAACACCUCAGUGCUUGAAAAUCAUCACUGGCGUUCUGCUAUUGGGUGUCUGUUAGAAAGCAGUGUGGCUGAGCAGCUGGGGACAUGCAGGCUUGAGUUGGAACAACAGAUUAGCUCUCUCAUCCUUGCGACAGACAUCACCCGCCAACAAGAGUUCCUUUCACGAUUCAAACGUUACUUAGAUCAGAAUCUGUUAGACAUGCAUCGUUUUGAGGACCGCCACUUCAUCUUGCAAAUAGCUCUCAAGUGUGCUGACAUCUCUAACCCUUGUCGUCCGUGGGAUGUGAGUCGUAAGUGGAGUCAGAAAGUGUGUGAGGAGUUCUUUCGUCAAGGGGACUAUGAACGCCAACUGAACCUUCCCGUUACAUCUCUUUGUGAUCGACAGAGUACUUCUGUACCUAAAAUUCAGGCAGGUUUCUUUCGAUUUGUGGUAUCACCAUUGUUUGAAGAGUGGCACAGAUUCCUUAAGACAGACUUAUCCACACUGAUGAUGGGGCACUUGAGAGGCAAUCAGAGCCGAUGGGAGGCACUGGUACAACAGGAACUGGCAGAAGAGACACGGACUGAGAUCUCAGACGCUGAAGUAUUAGAUGAGGAAAUUGGUGGCAACUCAGAAGAGGAGGCAGUGACAGAGACUGAUGAUAUCACAGCCAGUGUGGAGUUGCUUCUACCAGACUCACCUAGUCCUAGACGUCCAUCACUUCCUUGUCAUAAUAAUGAAAUGGAUUCUAUGAAGCGAGUGGGCAGAAGACAUUCUGUUCCACUGAGUGUGCCUUGCCCUCCACCUAUUACAAGAACCAUAAUCAGACGGGAGAGCUUGCCAGUAGCAGAACAUCGUGCACAGAGGCGUUACCCAUCAGGGCCGAUUCUACAACUGGAAGAGGAAGCAGAAACGCAGCUUGGACAGAGUUCACUAUCAUUGCUGUCGACUUGCAGUAGUGGGCCUCAUCAUUCAUCUGGUGGUGCCAGUGGACAAGACAAUAGGCCAGUAAGUGCUGAGAACUUAUUGCCAGAGCCUAGCAUCACAUCCAUCACAACGAGCACAGAGGCAAGCCGUCUGUCCUCUGUAUUACAUGGGGGAGGAAAUGGUACUGCUGCUUCUCUGGCACCAUCGCGCUUCUUGAUUCGUCAGCAGACAUUUCCACCUCUGCAGCCAUAUGUAAGGAUUCGAUACAUGUCAACAACAGCUGAGAUGUCAACUUGCUCUGAGGUACUUGCUGAAGGAGCAAGUUACUCAAACUCCUCCAGUUCUUCCACAUCUGAUCAUGCCAGUGCUGCCACUUUAUCUUGCCAAGUGUCAGAUCAAGCUGAGGUUCCCUCAAACUUAACUUGCAGCAAGAAUGGUUGUGCAACACCAAAUGGGAAGAUUCGGACGCUUAGGGACAAUGGCAGAAUCUGUGCAGUGGAACAGAAAUGUGUAAAUGAAAAAGUUGUGACUGUGAGAAGUAAGCGGGAACAAACAGAUGCAGCAUCUGAGAAAUCAUCAAAGAUGGCCAAAAUCUCUGACAGUUGGACUCCUCAGAAUAGUGGUCACAGGUGGGAGAAGGAGAAUGUUGACCCUCAGUAUAUUGGGAGUGAUGCUGAUCUAGGUGCAAACUCCAGCAGGGGAGGAAGUCUGCAUAAAAAUACCCCUCAGGGAUUAGCACAGCGUCGUGGCUCUGCACCUGUGGGGUUGCUCAACCGCUCAGAUGAUUGCAUUGUACCAGUUUCUCUAGCACUCAGGGGUGGAGGAGAUAGAUUCCUGCGUCGCGGAUCUGUACCCAUCGAUGUGACAAGACAAAGUAUUCUGAGACCACUUGGCUUAAAAGAGAAUACAGCCUCUCUGCCCCGUCACUGCAUGCCACGGCGAUCUUCGCUUCCAUAUGACACCACAACCCUCACCAGUCUGCUUGACCCCCUUACUGUCCCCACAGGAGACAAGGCGGGGGGAAGUGAUGGCAUUAUCAAGGAUGUGCACUACAGGAGGCUGGACCCCUUGAGUAACAUCUUUACAAGGCCUCUAGAAGAAGCUUUGCCCCAUGUCACUAACCAGCAGUACUUGGUGAACGUCAGGCAGGACUCUGUCCCAGUGGAUCUCAACCCUGAGCUCAGGAUCAGCAAUGGUUUGGGAAGGAAUGGGAACAACAGCAAAUCGAGGACUCGUAAGAAAGUUCUGCGCAGGCGCAGUUCUGGUGGUCCUGAGAUGUUUGCUAGUUCUGGAUCUGAGCUUUUUGGAGAUGGAGUGUCAUGGCAGCAUUGGCGACGUGAAUUGCUGGCACGACGGACAAGGGAGCAGGCACUGGCUAAGCGUAGGGGAUCACUGCCAAUAGACAUGCUGGCCACUACUAACUCAGUCAGACCAGCCCGGAGGAUCUACUGUAGUCUGUGGAGACUGUAAUGUUGCCACCUCCCCGUCCAAUCAACAGGGCCACAGCUUGAGAAGCAAAAUGGAUAUCAUAUAGGAACCUGCUUGGUACCAUCAGGUAUCAAAUUGUAGACAUCAAAAAUGCAAUAUUUUUCCUAUCAUUUCAUACAAGACCAUCAUAUUUAAGGAUAUAUUAAAUAAUUCUGAAAAGAUUCCAUCUUGCAAGAUUUUAUAAUGCUCUACAUAUGUUUGUUAACAUUGAACUUUCCAAGUUGAUAUAGUUAUUAUUUUUUGAUGUUCCUAAUUCGGGUUGGAAAUCUGUGGGACGAUUUGGCUUCAUAGUUGUGUUCUAAUAUAAACAGAAGUUCCACGAGGUGUUUAAAAUUGUUGAACUUUUGUACUGUUUGUGUAAAUUAUGUGGCAGUUUGUGUUGUUAACAAUAUGCUCAUUAAGUUGUUGAAUCUUCCAGAAUGUUAACCACCUUCCAUGUUAAAGUCCUUCAGAUGUAAUAAUGCACAUCUGCCAUCAGUGUGCUGGAGACAGCCUAAGUGGACUGUAAAAACAAACAUAUCGAGUUUAUGGAACAAUGACGUGAUACCCAAUUUCUGCCUCUUUCUAAAGACUGAAUACCAAUAGGGUGACCAGAUUUAUAUCCAUCAGUACUGGACAUUAGUUGAACUUUAAAGGGAGCUACAUUGUUUAUGAUGUUACCCAUCAAGUGGGAGAGGUUUCCAGACCACAAGAAGAAAAUUUGGAAACAAUCCGUCAAACACUGCCAUAUCAAAGUUUAAUGCAUGUUAGAAUAUUUAACUGCAGCAUGUUCAAACAGGAAUAUUUUUAUAAUGCAAGUUGAUAACAGGCACACAAUUUGUGUACAAGUAGAAGUUUAAUUACUAAUAUCUGUGUAUGUUUGUUUUGUGUGAGUUUUCAAACAAAUUUUUGAAGAAAAUUUAAUCAUGGACCAUUAUGUUCUUAACACAAAUUUGAUCAAAUAAAAGAUAGUUUGUACAUUAUGUCAAAAUUUUGAGGAGUGAUAUUUGGGUCCUUAGCUGUUCAUCAAAUAUAGUCCAAGCAAUGUCUUUGGGUUUUCUUGGCAGACUGUAGCAAAUCUUGUUUCCAUCCUUAAGUUGUGACACUGUGUUGUUGCAGGCUAGUUUGCCAACCUUUCAGAGAAUCUAGUAGUUUUCAUCUUCAAGAUGAGCUGGCUAAACAGUGGCCUUGCACUGAUAAUCAUAGUUUCAGGCCACAAGGAAAUUGGGAAUUCCACAUUCCAAAAAUUGCUAAUUGAUCCACCACAGCAUGGUGUCUUCACCCAAGAAUGAGAACAAGUUUAUGCCACAGUUUUAUUUUAUGUGAGAUUCAAAGUAUCUGAACAAAACUACAUUUUAGUCAAGUACAUUCUUAAUAUAAUUUUUGCUUUUUCAUUAUAAAACUUGUUUUUAUUACUGGGUAUGUCUGCUACAUUCUUAGUCCUGUGUGUGUGCGCGCGCUUAAGUUUAGAGUAUUGACAGGAAUUUAUCAUCCUAAUGAAAUUGUUAUUAAUUCAUAUCUUAUCUCAUAUUCUGUUAAGCUGUUCCAGCAUUUGCGUUCAUAGUGUCAUUCAGCUGCUGUAACAUGGACAGAUUUCAGCAACAAGAUGCACACUCUCACUGACAUACACUACUCAUUGCAGGUGACCUGUAGGAUCAUACAGACAGUGCAAAUUGUCAAAAAAUAGCAAAAUAUAUACAAUCUGUUGCUGGCCUUAUAAGUUUUAUAGGAAAAGAAAACUAUCCAUUGUUGGUUGAAUACAGUGAACUGUCACAUCAUUAGAAAUUUCAAGAAAAACCAAAUUUUAUGUAAGUGAUUUUAAUUGCUGUUUCAAAGUUGUCAUUCAUUUAUUGCAUGUAAGUCUAUUGCUGCAAAACUAAGUAGAUCCCUUAUUAUCUUUAUACUUCAUUACAUAUUCAUCAUGACACAAUCUGUACAUAAUAAUCACACUUUGUUUGACGAUCACAGUGAUACCUGAGAUUUGAAGUUCUCGCUGCUGUUGUCAGUCUUGGUGUUUUGGGUUUUAAAACCAUGUGGACCUGUAUGUAGAUUUUGGAGAAAUAUUUUGUCUCCAUCUUCAGGGCUGAAGAUGGAGACAUUACGUUUUUUCUAAAAUAUUGGCUUCUGGCUUCAAGUUCACACAGUGUUGCAUCCCAGAAUACCAUCAUUGACACGAUAUCAGCUCACUGUAAUAUUAUAAUUUUAAUGUAUAUAUGACCCUUUCAAUGUUAUGGACACAGUAGUUCGCUACCCAGAAAUGUACGAAUUGCAUCUAAUAUACAAACUGCUGUAACAUUUAAGAUUUUGUUGCAAGAAAUUCUGCAGCAAGAAAGCAAGAUAAGAAAUCCAUGCAACAGAAUUUUUAAAGUUAAAAAGACGCAUGCAGAGAUGAAAUAUUACAUUGUUGUAACACACAGCUGAAUCACAUAUUUUUUUCUUUACCAAGGAUUAAAGAGUCAACUUUUUAUUUCGUGUAAACAAAUCAUAUUUGUAUUCAAAUUUCAUUGUUAUGACUGUGAUCAGCUGUCAGUAGUAGUAGUUUCCUGCUCUGUCAUACCAUAUUACUGACCCAGAACCUUUUUGAACUUGAGUUUAAAAUAAUUUUAUGCUAAAGUUAAUAAUUUACUUAAACCAAAAUCAAAGAAAUUAAACCAAUUAGGAUAAGGUUGUGGUCUUCUGGGUUGUUACACCAUGUAGUCUUGUAGCUACACCAAUGUUUUGAAGGAGUAUGCUUUCUCCAUUUCCACUGUCAGUGAAUAGGGUUAGGAUGUGGAUGGUUUAUAUAGAGGAAAGUAGGAAGAUCAGUCCAGAGAGAAUAGGAAGACCUGCCAUUGAGAACAAUGUAAGAAGUGAGGGAGAUGGAGCCCAGUCAGGGGCAACAGGAACAAAGGAACUUCAAAUUACAAAAACAAAUUAUAGUGAACAGUGGAGCUCUCAACCAUGUAUAUUAUGAUUUCUUUGGCUUCAGUAGACAACCCUAUUCAAGACAACCCAGUACUUUUCUUAUAUUUGUUUAUAUAUUUAGAAAAUCACCACUGUUAACAAAAAUUGUUUUCUAGAAUGUGCUGCAGUUUUCAUGCUAGUUCAUCUUGUAGAGCCAUUUUUGCAUGUAGCAAAGUAAUUUAAUUUGAGUUUGGUAGAAGAGAAUAUAUCUUGUCAAAUAAAUUGUUAAAACAGUACACAAUAUUCUUGGAUGUCUGGUCAUCCUAAAUAUUUGUGAAAUUUGUGUAAUCAAAAUCUUGUUGUGUAUGUAUAGCAAUAGAUACUAGUUACCAGUAAGACAGAAGAACUAUAAGUGUCAUUGAAACAAACCAGUGUUAACAUUUGAAUGUCAAUAUGAAGUUUGCACAUUGUGAUGUUUCUUUUCUGAAUAUGUUUCUGUCACAUACUUGUAAAUUGAGAAAAAAGAAAACUUUAACAAAUUUAUUAAAUUAACAUGAGUGGUAUAAAAACUCAUUGCAUAUUUAAUUAAUACAGUGUGGGAUCUUAAUUUUCACAAAAAGGUUUGUAAAAUAUAUUUAUAAUGAUCAGACCUGUACAAUGAAGUAAUACAAAAUUUUCCAAACAUUAGAACUAUCAGAUAUUCAGGGGAAAGUAUAUAAAACAAAACUGUGUUUUACUUUUAUGUUUUUGUAUUAAUGAUUGAUCUGUAUCUAUGAGUAAAUAUUAAUUUCAGGUUGCAUAUAUCCUGCUUGAGAGGCAGUUUCUGCAAAAAUAACAUUCAGUUCAUCCUUACAAAGCAGUUGCAUAAAAAUGCCACUUCACUAUGAGGCAUCAUACAUGUGACUACUGUAUUUAUACAAGGCAUUUCUGCAUACUAAGGAAUUUCACACUUAAUCAUUUCACGAUCUUUAAAAUAUUAGUAGAAAAGGCACAUUGAAAUUCAGCAGGGGAUAAUAUCUUCAUUCCUUAACCCCAAUCUUUAUUUUCUUUAUUCUUUUCAUACUUCAUCUUCUUCCCUCCUUUCUUCUAUAUCCUCUCCCAUUACUUGCAAUGUAAAAUAACUGCCUAAUGGUAGCAACUUUUUUAAAGUGGAACAUUCUGCCAUCCAGCUUCAUUACUGAGAAAAUUUAGGCCUCUGUGAGUUAAACCAAAUGUAAACAUGCAUAAAAGCAAGCAAAUAUCAAACUGGGCUUUAUAUAAUUCAGGCAUUUAUUUUACACCAUAUGUUCUUAAAGUUUGAUCCCUUUAUAGUAAAGGUUAUGUGCAAAAAUAUUUCAUAUGUCACAGUCAGUAGAAACUGUAUUUUCGUCUUUUAAUCUACCACAAUAUUUUUACGAAUAAAAUGCGCUCCAUUUUAUAUUCAUGACAAAUAAUAAAAAUAUCAUCUCAGAAGGGUUAAAUGAUUAAACUCAUGUGUCACAAUCAUUUACUAAAAUUACUCAUUGAAAAUUAGCUUUCUUUCCUUCAUUGCCUCUACACUACCAUUAGUUUUGUGACUAAUGAUCUUACAAGCAUAACUUCCAUGUUUCCUGAAAGUUAACUGCUUGUAAUAGAUCUGGUCUGACUGACCUCUCACAGGGUAUUUUUAAACCAUGCACCUGACUGGUUUGUUAAUGGGUUUAUAGUCAACCAAACUGCACUGGAUUUACAUGACUAUUAACACAUAAGACAAUAAGUAAAAUUCAAAACUUAAAAGAACUCUUAAAUUUAAUCUUUUGUUGGUAAUAUUUUCUCUAUAGCAGAUUUAAUAAUUACACUAUUAUUGCUCAGUUACCAGAGAGUCUUUGUGAUGACAAGAUUCAAGUGAUUGUAGGGUUGGGUCUAAAGUAUAAGAGGCUUGUUGCUGCACAUUCUACCCUUUGCAUCUCUUCAUACUUGUGAUUUAAAAUAUACGGAAGCUCAGAAGUGACCAAAAUUACCAGGAAUUGUUGAUCCUUAAUUCUGUUCCUGCCAAGCCUAGUACUGCAGCUCAUACCAGACUCUUUUUAUAUAAAUAUAUUAACACUUACUGAGCAGGCUCAUGUAACAGUGCUCAAAACUUGAAUGAAAUAGGUACCUCAUGCAUAUUUAUUCCAGCUAUCCUGUAUGAGUUUUUUAGUACUUUUAAGUAGCCCACAGACAUCUCCCUUUUUUUCUUUCCAUUUCAUUAAUAUUGAACAACAUUUGUAAGUAACAAAAGAAACUUAUGCAUCUAUACCUAAGGUAUGGUAGAAAAUACUGAAAAUAAAAUAUUCUGUAUAGCAGCAUCAUAUUUUAACAUGUAUGAGUUACAAGUAACAGAAAAUGAGGCUCUAAGCAUUUGUCCGAUUUAAUCAUGACAGGCCUCCUUCAUUGGCUAACUUAGUUUCCUGGCAGUGGAAGGGUUUACCUAUUAUUCAUGCAGUGCGGAUUGUUACAUGGCUCUCAAACUUGUGUUGAAAGGUAUUAAAAAGGGAAUUUCAAAAUAUAUACACACAGAAAUGUUAAUGAAGACAAGAAUUUCACUUUCUCUAAAAAUUUCUUAUAUAUCUAACUUCAGAUGUUAUAUAUCAUCUGAUAAUUUUAUGUUUUGUAAAGGCACACAAUGCAGGAAUUUUAAAUUUCAGUCUGUGCAUAUCCUAUUGUAGCAGUAGCUAGUGAAGAUUUUUCAAUAAGCUGUUUUUAAAGAUGCAGAGAGUGCUCUUUUUGCCAUUUUGUUAUUAGGCAUGAUUAUGUCUAAAAAUAAUUAUAAAUUUUGUGCUCAGGAUCUGAAGUAUGGACUGAAUUAGAGCUGCACUGAGUGGCUUAAAACACUAGUUGGGUACUAUGAUAAAAUGUUACCCAUUCACUGGUCAAAUGAAGUUUUAUGCACUGUGACCUUGUAAGAAGCUACAGAGUUGUAAUGAUAACUUACGUAUUUUUAAAAACACUUUUAUUCCUAAUAUCUCAAAAUUGUAAAUAAUGAAUAAAUUAUACUUGUGUAAGAUUAAAAAUGAUUUUUAUUGUUUCAUGCAUGGUGUAUUCUGGUUCUCAGAUAUUUCUGACUCUUACUAAUGGUUUCUACUACUGCUCCUUUCUUUCUUUCUUUCUUUCUUUCUUUCUUUCUUUCUCUCCAUCUUGCAUUCUGUGAAACUUCAGUGCGUUGCCAUUAUACAUAAAUUGUAAAGAUAAUGUAAACUGAUAUUUUGUGUUUGGGCAUUCAGUACUAAUUCUUAUAUGUAAUUUCACAUUUGUAACAGUGAAUUUCAGUUAUACUUUAUUUUCUCUUGGUUUACCCCUUUUGAUGUUGGGCUAAGUAUAUGUGUGUGUGGCAUAGAACUUAUUCAAUGUCUAUACUACAGUAUGCAUGUGCCAUCUACCAUUUUUUAUCAUAACAAGGAAACCUUGCUGUUUGGUUUAUGGCUUCUCUUUUCUUUUCUUUUCUUUUUUAACUCUUUACAAAUAUCUGUUGUGAACAGACAGCACAGACAGUUACUCUGUUAAAUUAUAACAUUUAAAGGGUUAAUACAGGGUCUUUUUAUUUAAUUGCAUUACUAAUUCAAAGAAUUUAAAUACUACACUUUGUUGUACAAUAGAGUGUGUAUGGAUGAUAGAAAAUAAUUUAGACUUAUUUUCCCUCAAAGGUCAUCGGUUAUCUAGCCUCUCAGAUUACUGAGAUCUCUGGUUAAUAAAUGUUGAAGUAUGCAAGAUGUUCUGUUGAAUUAAUGUUUUUAUUUCUGUCUUUAUAAUCAUUUGCCUUGGCUUGGAUAUAUUACUAUGUUGUAAAUUUUUUAUGUGAUGUUUAUUCAAGGAUAACUGAUAAUUUAUUUAACCAUCCAACUUGUGGAGUUACAUAGAAAUAUUGAAUAAUUGUUUCUCCACACAAACCAUUUGGUUUGUUGGGAAGUGUGUGGUAUCUUAGACAUGGGUCUGGAAAUGUUUCUCAUUGUACUGUAAUUUAUUUAUAUCCUAUUAAAUGAGACAUUUAUUUGCAUGAAUAUACAGAUACUAUCAUCAAGGAAUCUGCCUUGUCAGUUGUAGUACUGUAUGUAAAUGGAAUGAUUGAGAAAAGGGAGCAAGGAUAUCAGUAUCAUCGUAAUUUUAUUUUAUUUAUAGAAUGGGUACCAAUUAUUUUGGUAUUCUGCAUUGCUGAAUCAUAUUUAAUGCACAAGUUGUUUGAGAGCUGACUAUUUUCAAGCAGCUGUUUGUGAUUGUACCAAGAGAUUUCUUAUAUUUAUGCUGAAGAUGAGGUUAUAAUGGACUGGACAUGUAGAUGAAUGAGGGAAUAAGUACUAUAUAUAUGGCGUCUUGACAGGGAAUCAUCUUGGAAAAAUUGCCACUUGGAAUAGUAAGACAGGGAUGGGACAACAGCAUUAAGUUGGAUCUGAAGGAGAUAGAUUGUGGGGGAGCACCAAACAUCACACAGUUAAUAGACAGACCUGCUUCAUAUUUAAAGAGGUGUUGGGUUUAAGUAUCAAUCUAGAAAUUACAUAUUCUGACAGGAUUUUUCUUGUUUUCCUCAGAAGCCAUUCUAUUAAUGCUUCUUUUCACAUUAUUUCUAGUUCAUUAUUCACAAAUAUCUUACCAUUCAACACACGCAGUUGGGAAAGUGUCAUUAAGUAAUUCAAUAAUCUGUCAGUCAUAGUGUGAAGAUGAAUAUUACUGGUUCAAGAUCUCGUUUAUUGGAUAGCUUCAAUAUUGGUAAAGUUCUACCUUCAGGUUAGUUGCUGCAUGAUGAGUUAGCAUUUAAUGCCCAUACGAGAUAACAUGCAUUGAAUAUGUGAUUCUGACAAUGCUACAUGCCUAAGCACCCUUCAUGUUCAUUUGUUCAGAUGCAAAUCCUCUGUUGAUAGAUAAAAUACUGUGCAGAGUCAUAAUUUUUUCUUGUAUUUAAGUUCAUAUCAUAUUGAAAAAUGUAAGAGAUCUUUAUUUUGUCUUAUACUAAUCUUUUUGUGUGAUAACCUUUCUUUAAUUUAUAAGGUUUGAUGUGAUUUUUAUCACAGAUUGAUAUGGACAAAAUUAAACUCACUGAACUGCUUUUAAUAUAAACUGUUGUACCAAAUUUCAUCAAGAUCCGUUGAGUAGUUGUAGAGAUGAAACACAUUAACAAACAUGGCCUAAGCAAUAUGGUAUUCCUUUCAUGCAUAUUGUGAAAGGACUCGUGAACAUAGGUAGUAAUGCACUUGUGGUCAGAAAGUAAGUUUAUGUAGCAUGCAGUUUGUAAGACAUAGUAUCCACAGUGAUGCUGGAAGAAUAAGUGAAAUUCUUUAAUCAUGGCUAGUAACACUGCUUCCUGUUGUGCCAAGUACUGACCAUUGGUUAAAAGGACAAUUUCAGUAUGUCUUAUUGAUUGGCAUAGUGGCCCAAUGAAGAAAUAGUGUAGUUACUUGUUUUUUAAUCACAAGAAAUAUAUAAGUGGCAAAAUGGAAUAAGAAUAUGCACAUUGAGUAUUAUAGCAUUACAAGAUAGUUCAUGACUAGUUACUUGUUUCUUCAACAGUAUACUGUUGACAUACUGUUACAUGUGAUUAAACAUGACUUUAUUACCAUACCCAGUUACAGAACAUUGAAGCAUGACAUGGAAACAGCCUACCUCUUCUCAGUUAAAAUAAUUUAAGAUUGAGAACUCUGCCAGAAAAGAGACAUCUCCAGUGUUUGGGUGAAAAGAUGUUCUGCUUGUAGAUUGUCUGGAAGAAGCACAAUAAUCAGUAUCACUCUUACUGUGAAACUUUGACACACUUGUGUAAAGCCAUUAAAGACACUGAGGACAUCUUAGUAAGGGCAUUUUGCAGCAGUUCAAGUAGAAAUCUUAGCACUUACAGCCCUGAUCUGUCACCUAGAGGUUAUCAUCUAUUUCAGGAGCUAAUACAUGGAAUAUCACUGUGAUAUUUGGAAGAACUCAACAAUGAUCUCAGAUGUAACAAGGAUUUGUAAAAAUAAUUUGUAUGUUGUGCAGUGAUUUUAUAUUAAGAGUUAACAAUUCAUUGAAUUAAGUAAUAUAUGCCAUGUAAACUUACUUAUGACUACUCAUACCACGAUUUCAUUACAAGCUAGAUCUACAGAAUUUGACAGAAUUGUUAUAUAUUUUUUUAAUAUAAUUUCUGGAAAUUUAAAUUUUGCGGGGUACAACAUUUGUCUUUAAUGAAAAGAUUUAUAUGCCAGUUCCUUUGUUUAUUUAUUAGUAUAUGAGCCCCCAGCUGUCGAUCAUUUAUUUACUCAAAUACUCUGUGUAUAUUUUCGUAUAUAUUUUAUUCAUACUUAUGUAAGUGUAAGAAACUUUUAUAAAGCAUUCCUACAAAGCUGUGUCAGAAAGUUAUCUGAGCUUUAACUUGAAUUUAUUUAUGAUAUAUGGACUUACAGCCCACCUCUUAUGAAGUAUGUCAUUCUACAACCACACACUUCUGCUUAUGGCAUACCUGUGCUGAAAGCAGGUCAUAGAUCUGUGUUUGACUUGAACUGCUAUUACUUGCAUAUAUGGGUAAGGAAGAUACCAAAGAAGCAAGGUUUGGCAUUAGGAUGAUUGUGGAAGAACUGGGAUUGCUUUUGUAGCAUAGAGAUUGGCGUCUGUCAUGGCAGUGUAAAAGAGUAAGCUGCAUUUAGUCGCAAGAUGUAUCCACACCUGAAUGUUUAUGUCUCCCCUUUCAGGUACAUCUGAAAGACCUACUAAUACAAGAAGAGCCUGUAUUGAAAUUAUUCAGAAUUGUAAUUCCUGAGCCAGUGGUGAAUCCUGAUAUAGAAGUUUGAAUAUAUGGAAUUUAGACUUUAUGAUUGGGAUUGUUGGAAUCAUUCUGUCUCUUCCUUCUCAUCUGUGCAUGCAUAAAAACAGUUUUCGGACCUGCAGUCAAGGAGUGAAUCUAUCUGUUUCCUAGGCUUGACUGAAAGCUAAGAAAUUCUGUGAUGUCUAAGCUGCACAAUACAUACAGCUGAUUCCAAGCAAAACAUUAUGACUUUAAUUGCAUGGAGAAGGCAUUGUUUUGAUGUGCCUCCAGUUUUAGUGGUCUUAUGAUGCACUACUAGCCAGACCAGAAUAUUUGUCACUGAUCUAGGCAGAAUAUAACCAAAUUAAAAAUGUUAUUUAAUAUUUAUUUAAAUGAAGUCUGUAUUUUUGGAAGGAGAACAGUAGAUACAAAGGAAUGUUAGAAACUAGCACAUGUCUAAGAAAUAUAAAAGUAGGAAAUAUAUUUGCAUGGGCACUGCAAAGCAUUCUGAGUAAAUAUUUUCAUAAAAAGGAAUGUGUAUUACUGGGAGCAGGUUACAAUGCAUAAGAAAAAGGACUUAAGUCCAAGGACUAUCUUAUGUUUGUUUACGGUAUCCAUUGUUCAUAUUUAGUAUUGUUUAUUUAUCAUAGCCUAAGAACAAUGGUUUUUAUGGAUCAGACAUCAAUACAGAUCUUAAAAUAAUAAUUUUAAAUGCUGCCAAAUCAUCCACACACUUUCCAUAUAAUAACAUAAAUCUAUUCUUAAUAUUAAUACACCUCUUAAUUUAUGUUUCAUUCAUAAGCUAAGGUUUCAAACAGAGAAAUUGUAAAUCAUUAUUUUUAAACACAGCUUUAUGAAGAUCUUAAUUAUUUCUUGAAGUGACACAUGUAUUAUAGAUGUGGUCAGCUUUUCUGGUUAGUCAUUGUUAUUAUUAUUAUUAUUAUUAUUAUUAUUAUUUAUUUUUAUUUUUAUUUAGUGUUAACAUUUUCCAAGCCAUAUGAAUAGUCACGUGAUGAGCAAAAUAAUAGAAUUUGGAAUAUGUAACAUGCAUAAUGCUGUAAAAAAUCACAUACAAGAUGUGAUUCAAAUUGGGCACAUUUUUUAUGUUAGAGAAAUAUUUUAUGGCUAGAUAAUUAAAUAUUAUCACAAAUCCAAAAUUUAUAUAUGACCUUUUUACAUUUAAAAUAUUUUUGGUGGUUAUUUUGAAUGGAAAAGAAUGUAUUCAAUGUAUCAUCCAGCUGUAUACGCUUACUUUUUCAGUAAUAAUGGUAACAAUAAGAAAUGAAAUAUCUUAAUAAUGAAGUCAAUAUAAAUAAAUAAACAUAUAUAUAUAUGCACAUACAUACUCAAAUAAUGUUGAAUGUUUUUUAUUCCUCAUCUUCAUCUAUUUAAACAUUCCAAUGUCACAUUGCUAUGGUAUUUUUUUUAAGUUGUGAGAGUGUGCUCUUGUUCUUUGUAUUCAAGCAAUCUUGUAUUUAUCUUCUGACAUGUUGUAAAGUGGUUCUUGUAUCACUUGUAGCUGUCAGUAUGAAGUGGUGUUUGUUAUCCAUUUGUGCAGAUGAUGAGAAUAAAUGAGCAGUGUUCUAUUUAA